UGCAGGCAGGAACAGUAGGUUAACGGCAUCUUUUAAUAUGGUAAAAACUAACAUUGAUAAAUUCGAUUUUUUUUCCUGAUACAGCUUUAUGAGUAUUAGAGUUCAAUAUUUAAAGGGAAAAUUGACAUAGGCUAAAAGGCUUGUUGGUUUGCUUCUGCUCCGGGUCACGCGUGUAAGCAAAUUAAACGCACCGAGGAAUCGGGAACACGUAUAGCUAAUUUGCUUCAUAGCAGUUAGCCAGAGGUGAGCAUCUGCUUGGUCGGAAAUGGCCAUGUUUCCCCAAAAAGAGGAGUUUGUUAGUCGUGGUUAUAAAUCAUGAAGAGAUAAUGGAGAUUUGGAACGGGCUCCCUAAGUUCAUCUGACUGAUACAUAGACCGGUUAAACACCAUGGGAAGGCUCAGUUUUUCGUGCCUUUUCCCAGCCUCGUGGCAUUUCAGCCUGUCGUGCCAGGUUCUCCCUCGUCUUCUGGUACCUUCCUUCAGACAGCUGCUCUUCAUCAGCCUGGUGGUCUGCCUCAUCGGACUGCUCUACCUGCUGCUUGUCGCUGCGAAGGGACACACCAGCUGGGUCACGACGGAGAAUCGCUUCCACCGGCACCUGGCGAGAGUGACUGAUCUAGAUGCGACCGAUACGAGCAACCCCAACCUGAACUACGGUCUGGUGGUGGACUGUGGCAGCAGUGGCUCCAGGGUGUUUGUGUACUGCUGGCCCCGGCACAACGGCAAUCCCCGUGAGCUGCUGGAUAUUCAGCAAAUGCGAGAUCAACACCGCAAGCCAGUGGUCAUGAAGAUCAAGCCCGGGAUCUCUAAAAUGGCUAAAACUCCAGAAAAGGCCAGCGAUUACUUAAAUCCUCUUCUAAGCUUUGCAGCUCGGCACAUUCCUAAACAUAAGCACCAAGAAACACCUCUGUACAUCCUGUGCACAGCUGGAAUGAGAAUCCUACCAGAGAGUCAACAGGAAGCAAUCCUUGAGGAUCUGCGCACGGACAUCCCAGUCGACUUCAACUUCCUGUUCUCUGAUUCCCACGUGGAGGUGAUUUCUGGAAAACAAGAAGGUGUCUACGCCUGGAUUGGAAUAAAUUUUGUUCUUGGACGGUUUAACCAUGUGCACAAUGAUGACGAGUCUGUGGUGGAGGUCCAUGUUCCAGGCAGCGAUCAGCAGGAGGCCGUGAUGAGGAAGAGGACUACCGGCGUCCUGGACAUGGGCGGGGUCUCCACACAGAUUGCGUACGAAGUGCCCAAAACUGUAAGCUUUGCCUCUCCACAGCAGGAGGAAGUUGCCAAGAACUUACUGGCAGAGUUCAACUUAGGGUGUGAUGCACAUAGCACCGAUCACGUGUAUCGCGUCUACGUGUCCACUUUUCUGGGCUUUGGAGGAAAUGCAGCGCGCCAAAGAUACGAGGAGAGCCUCAUUCAAAAUACUGCUACUCGGAACAAGCUCUUAGGUCAGCAUGUGGGUGAGACAGCCGAGUCUCCGCUCCCGGACCCCUGUCUCCCCACAGACCUGCAGGAUGAGAUCGGACCGUCUCCACAGAGGCUCUACCUGCGAGGAACGGGAGACUUUGACCAGUGCAGACUGAUUCUCCAGCCGUUCCUCAACCGCACCAACGACACACAAACCUCCCUCAGCGGCAUCUAUCAGCCAGUGAUAAACUACAACAACAGCCAGUUUUAUGGCUUCUCUGAGUUCUACUACUGUACAGAGGACGUGCUGCGCAUCGGUGGGGAUUAUAAUGCCUCCAAAUACACCCAGGCAGCCAAGGGUUACUGCGCCACCCAGUGGAAAACACUGAAGGAACGCUUUGACUCUGGCUUGUAUGCUUCACAUGCAGAUCUUCACAGACUGAAGUAUCAGUGUUUUAAAUCAGCCUGGAUGUAUGAAGUGUUGCACUCAGGUUUCUCCUUUCCAACCAAAUACAAAAACCUGAAGACUGCCUUGUUGGUCUACGAUAAGGAGGUCCAGUGGACUCUGGGAGCUAUUCUGUACAGAACAAGGUUUCUACCUUUGAGGGACAUCCCUCAGGAGAGUCUGAAAGGAGCGCACUCUCACUGGCGACCCAGCUUCUCUUUUGUCAACAACCACUACUUAUUCCUGGCUUGCUUCUUCAUCGUGUUGCUCUCCAUCAUGCUGUACGUGCUGCGCCUGCGCCGCAUCCAUCGGCGGGCGGUGCAGCGUUACACCCCCUCCUCUGUCCCGUGGCUGGAGCAGGGCCUCGGCUCGCCGACACUCCCCAUCACCCUCUAAAGCCUGGACCGCCUGGCUUUGCAGAGCCAAUCACCACUCCUCUCUGAGACCGUUUUCUUGCUUUGUCUUGUCUUUAAAGGCUGUAGAGUUUGGACUUUUGGAUGGAUAAGGAAAAUCUUUUAAUGUUUAUUUUGUUCAUUCAUGUUUGUUUGUUUGUUUGUUUUCUUCAUAAUAGCCUGUAGAACGCAAGGGCCACUACCUCCAUGGGUCUUUUUAAAAAUGUUUUCUUCAAAUCACACACAUUGGUACAUUUCUCUACAGUUAAUUCAUACCCAAAUAAUACUUUAGUCCACACUUUAAAAUUCACCAUAACUGUAUACAUGUACUGUACUGAUUUAUUUGUGUGGAUAUUUUCCUUUCUUUGUAUUUUUUUUUUAUGCGUGCGAUCACAUUUUUGUUGAUGUUAUAGAAGUUAGAAUAUGCAAUAGGAUUUAUUAAUAACUGUAGAAGCACUUUGAAAUGCAGUCAAACUGCAUGCCCCGACUGAAGUGUUUGUAUGUUUGUGUGUUUUUGUUGCAAGAUAAGAAGCCUUUAACAGCUAUUCGAGUGCAAUAUCUGUCUCGUCACUGUUAGAAAAUCCUCCAAAAGCCCAUCUGCCUUUUUUUUAUUUUAUUUUUUAUUUUUCUUUGUCAAGAGAAUCGGUCCCUCUGAAGGCCCUGCUGACAUUUUCCCCACGUUUUCUGGCUUCAGUUGGAUGUUUGAUUCAUAUAUUUAUUUCAAGCUUCAUUUUCAGAAGCUGUCACAUCACUGCUGUGGGUAGACUGUAAAUAAGAAGGCAUGUCCUGUUAUUUAACGAAACAUUCUGUUUCCACAGAUGAAUGUGAAAUAACUGUGGUGCAUCUGCAAUACAGUAAUAAAAGGUUUUAUGAGCUA